CUGAGAGUGAUUUGCGUAAUUGCUAUGAUUAGUGGGCAAUCAAAUAAAGCAUCGUGGUCAGUAUCCAAAAACGCAGCAUCGCGACGAGAUAGAAAAGACUUGUUUAUGACACUUUAACAUUCGCUUUCAUAUCCGAAGAGAAAAAUGCAUUGAAAGGACGCUUCCCAAGCAGUAGCAGCAUAGAUACACUUCCGACUCGCUCGUAGAAAAAAGAAGCGGGCAACAGCCCAACUAGUAGUACGAGGAAAGGCUUAAAUAAUAUAGUAUGAACAGUUCUUGCCCAAGCAGAAGAAGACUUCAAGACCAGGUCCACCGACCUCAUCACCAAGUUGGACGAGGCAUCACCAGAUUGUUCAACAAAGAGUCACUACUUGGCCUUUUCAAACAUUUUCACUUCUGGCACCACUUCCCGUAGUUGUUCAAACACAAAAGAUGAAGAAAGAGCAAGAGAAUAUUCGGGUGUACAGCCUUGGUGGCAUUGUUGAGCCUGCUCAAAUAGUAAGUGAACUACGCGACGCGUACUGUCAGCUCCAGAACCAGGAUGAGCAUAUUCGAGAUCAAGACAAACACAUCUUGCAACAAGACCGGCAUAUGUUUAAGGCUCUAGUGUGAUUUAGGGUUCAUAGGCUCUAGUGUGUGGUUAUAUCUAUAAUAUAUCUGAAGUUUUGAUGACUUUUGUUGUUACUCAUUCGUGGAUCGUUGAAAAAACUUUGAGGCUUGCUAAACUUCCUUCCUUUUAGAACAGGGGGUACUCUACUCACUAAAACUUCUCCUUCCAAGAUUUUCUUGAUCGUUUACGACAACGGACCGUCGUCUGACCACUACGACCACUGACUACCUUUCUUCUAAGACUCUAGAUCAAGACAAGCACAUAGAGCAGCAGGAUCAUCAUAUUAGGCAGCUGGAAAAGAACUUUGCGACGCUCAGCAGCAAAGUAGCACAAUUGGAAAAAAGAACGGAACAGGGUGCGCGAGGUGCUGCAUUGGGUACUAAUACUAACAGGAUACAGGACCAUGACAGCGCCGGCGCUUAGUUAGUAGUAGAUAAGUACUUACCUGACUUUUCUUUUUUCGGUUUUUGUUUUUUCUAGGUAGGUCUGCUCCGCCAACAGUAUACCGGCUUUUUCUUGAACGACGAAUAAAAGUUCAUUCUGCCUUGAAAAAAUGACAAUAAUUUUUAAUGAAAUACCAAUUUCUUUUUUCAAGAAAGAUAUUUUCUGAGUCAAACAAAUUAUUUUUUUACUCGCGACUGCCGUGUUGACAGUACACUUGAAAUUACAGGGUCAAGUCCUUCAGCACCUGAGGGUUCACGCGAGGGUUCGACUAGUGCAUGGCGAUCGAUGUGGACAAGUUUGAGGAAAGACGCCGUGCUAGCAGAGCCGCCAGAGAGAGAUAGCAUGCAGCACGCUGUCUCUACGACAGCUACUGGGCCACUUGGCAAUAAAAACUCGAAUCCGAAAGUUAUGAGGGACGUUGUUGCGUUUACAAAAUAUGAAUCGGCUGUUUUUCUUAGUUGCAAGAAAAAGUGUUUCUUUUGUGUUAUUUAUUUCGUGUACUAUUGAUGGUUUUGUCCGUGUGCUAAUUUUUUCUCCUUAUAACUACUACAAGAACUUCACAUCGAUUCCUCGUACCAACCAAUGUAGCCCAUCCUCUAACCACAUCAUGGCUUCCGUCUCCUCCCAACAUGACCCGCCUGCUGUCCUUGCUUGUGAGCAAAGCGCCGUUCCCAUGUCUGCUGACAGCCUUUUGCGCUCACUCUCCCAAGACCACAACCAAUUGAACGCCAAGGAACUAGUAGCAGGUGGAACCUGCCUCGUUCGUGCUACAAUGCAGCAAUUGGAUGACGAUGUGUCGACCGUAGCUGCACGAUCUCCUGUGGAAUCAAGUGGGUCGUCGUGCUUGUCGUCUCCUCUGGAUCAUGAGGUAUCUUCUGCGAGGUCUUCUAGCUUGCUCUUGCCACCUCUGGGAAAGUUGGGAGCUUGUGGAGAUGAGAAAUUAAGGCAAUGAAGCUUUUGUUCUUGUGAAAUAAUUCUUCUAUUUGUAAUACGUACUAGAUUCUCAGGAGUAAAGCUUGCGGCCCCACCAAGCGUGGAGGCGGAGCAGCGGCAUCCUAUCCUAUCCUAUCCUAUCAUUUAGUUUUAGUUAGUUAGUUAUUAUUUCAUUUAUAGUUUUAUUGGACUAGGCAUUGAUAAUUCUUUACUUAGAUGAUAUUAUUUACUUACACGUUUUCAACGUUACUGCAAACCACGAUACAGAAGUAGAUGAUCUCUAAUAACUCUCCAUCCGCCCUCCGAGAAGAAUUACCAGAACAACAUGCUGAACAUGGUUAGUCCGGUGGGUGGUGGAAGUCCAGCUAAUGCGAUGCAAAUAGCAACUUCACCUAUGCAGCAACGCGUCAAUUUGAUUCGCGCAGCUUUGGACUGCAGUAGUGGGACAUUGGCAGAGGGUCCUCCCAUCAUGGGUCGUGCUUCUGCUGGAUGCGAAGAACAUGGUACUUGCAAUAGCGAUAAUGUUGAGGAGGUAGAGCCGAACAACAAUAUGGCUUUAUCUACUUCUCCGGACUUUACGCUGACGGCGAGGGACACCAGCAGUACAUCUCCCAGUAGUUCUUCUGUUCUCCCGAACAACAUAUGAAGUGAAAAUGGUUCCUUUUACUUAAAAAUCUUAGUUUUCGCCGGCUUGGCCUUGCAUGGCCCGAGUCGACCAGAUUACCGGAUGCUUCUGGGCCAGGCUUCUCUAGCUAAACUCGUUACUACUGUUAUCUCCAUGGCCAUAGUGUCAGCGUUAAAAUGGAUCCAAAGCGGUAAAAUAAGACUUCUACGUAUAAAAGAAACCGUUUUCAUUUCAUACAACGCUAACCAGAUCCAUGUGAUCGGUGGUGCGGUGCCGCGGGUCCAUGUGAUUGGCCCAGGGUCGUUAGAGACGAAUCCUAGUGUUGUGAACGCUCUCAGUGUUAGUUCUGCCAUAGUAGACAAACUCGCUCCUGGUCGCAUUGUCAUGUCUCCCCGUCUCGCUGCUGCAAUGGCGGAACGCAAAGAGGCUGAAGGCGCUAAGGGGUCGCCACAGCUGGCUACUUCAUCUACAAUGGACAGUUGUACUUCCAAAGUAGUAUCUUCUAGUACAAAUCCCCUAGCGAACCAGAACAACAGCAAUCCGAGUAACGUCACUGGCAAUCCUCUGCAGCUACCUUCGAGCAAACGCGGGUUUCUGGAAUCAGUCAGUGGAGGUCUCUUCAAGCGAGAGGGACCUGGUAUCGCGCAACGAUACUGGAACUACGUCUCGACGAUGGAUGUUGACCCGAGAUUCUUGUAAUACCACUACAUCAGUAGAUAGGAGAAGAAAAGUACCAGAACAAAGAGUACUAGAACUAGAACAAAAGCUGCCGUACUCUUGUAUAAUUCAGUGUAUCAGAACUAGCCUCCUUGUGUAAAAAACUUAUCAGCUUAGCUUUACUGCGCCCUUGUGUAAAAAACUUAGAACAAAUGCUUAAGGUAAUACUGCGCACCAGAAGACCAAGAGAAUUAUGCUCAAAAACUUUCUCUGAAAAAUUGAAGAAGCUCUUACAAAUAGUGUUUUUGUUGUUGUUCUUGAAGAAUAUCCACGAGUUUUUUACUUUUAUUUUUUGACUUUCAAUGACUGUGACAAGUUCACCACGUGAUGGGCCGUGCUCAGUCGGAAGCCUUAAACGAAGCUUUCGUGUACAUGCCCGAAGUUUUACUACAGGCGGUUUGAUCAAGAUGAAGAGGAUAGUGCCGAUCCGUCACGUUGUAAGGCAUUCUGAUUUAUUGUCAUCAUCUUACGUAGAAGUUGUGUAGGAAGUUGAAGUUCAUACACCUGAUUUUUUGAACAAGUACAUGAUGACUAUCUAUCAGCAAGAUCUUCCAACCAACAAAAAACAACAAAAACUUUGCCAGCCACAUCUUUUCGACUUUGGGAUUUCCUUCUUUUAAAAAGUUCGACUUUCGUAUUGUAAAAUAUCCAACGCCACGGCCAAACGUAGUUUAGUGGAGGUCUUCAUGAUCAACGAAUGAGUUAUACUGAUAUAGUUCUAUGUGUGAAGAAAGAGAGAGACUAAGAGAAAGAUUCCCAGACGUCGCACGCAGGUUGUCCCGAUGUAUGUUUCGCCUUGCAAGGUUGACAAACUCAGGGAUUCAAGUGGAGUCAACAUCUCAAUCGACCAAGAGGAGAGACUAGGUGGGCGGCUGAUUAGGAAAAACAGCCCCACCCUCAAAAUAUACCGUAGAAGCAACUCUUUGUCUCAUGAAACUGUACAAUAACUCUGGAGAAUUACCACGCUAAAUUGUGAUCAUAUCAUAGGCAAACUUUCUACUUGUGGAAU